AUGAACUUCAAAGCAAGCCUCGCUGUCGUCCUUGCCGCUGUGGUGGCCACGAUCGCUGCUGCAGACAUGUUCCACUGUGAGGACUCAGCCUGUGGACCGCCCUUCGUGGAAGACUUCGAACUGACCGCGUGCUGCAAGCGCCAAAAUGACCUUCGCAUUCAGGCUCUGGAUCAUGUCGUGGCCAUGAUCGACGACUUCGCAGACAGCUCCCGUGAAAGCGAGAAGUUCUCGCCUGCUCGAGCGCCAGCCAUGGGGAGCUUGCAGCUCAUGCAGCAACUGCACGAGAACCUGUCGUUCGCGUUGGAUUACGAGGUGGCGGUCGCUGCCGCUUUGAGUGGAGAUCUGCCGUUGCUCAAGUGGAUCAAAGCUACGGAGCCGUCGCUGUUUGGUCGCCAGAACUCGUGGGCGGAGCUCGUGGCUUUCACCGCCGCAGCCGAGCGAGGCUGUCUUGAGACGGUGCAAUGGCUCGUGGAGACGUUCCCCAACGCGGUGUGGUCACUGGGUCCUGCCGCACUUGGUGGACAUCUGGACGUGGUCAAGCGGCUGCAUGUGCACGCGAAUCUCGACGGGGCGCAGCUGAACUUCCCCAUGGGACUCUUUGACGAGCUCACGUUCGCGCUUUGCUCUCAGUAUGUGGAGGAGUGCUCUGGCAACAAAGUGAAAUUGGACGCGGUGACCUGGAGGUUUUCGGACCGAAGAGCGUCGAGGGGCUCCGACGCCAUGGACUGGGCUGCACGUAGGGGUCAACUGGAGGUGCUGCAAUGGCUGCAAGCUAAUCGUAGUGAAAGAUGCUCGACGGAUGCGGUGCUAAGCGCCGCUGAAGCAGGACACAUGGAGAUAUUGGUGUGGCUUCAUGAAUAUCACAGUGAUAUGUGGCUGCCUAAGGCGAUGGAUUGUGCCGCUAGGGGAGGGAAACUUGAUGUGAUCAAGUGGUUAUACGCUAACCGGAGUGAGGGUUGCACCACUUCAGCGAUUGACUGGGCGGCGGAGAAGGGUCUUCUUGAGAUAGUCAAGUGGCUUCACGAGAAUCGCUCCGAAGGGUGCUGCACGACCCGCGCGAUGAACGGGGCGGCUGAGAAUGGGCAUCUUGAUGUGGUAAAAUGGCUGCAUGAGCACCGACGCGAAGGCUGCACCACUGAAGCUGUGGAUAUGGCUGCUGGGUAUGGCCAUUUAGAGGUGCUUCAGUUCCUAUACGCGAAUCGCACGGAAGGCGGGACAGCUCAGGCUCUUGUGUUGGCGGAACAAGGAGAGAUGCACCACGUACUACGAUGGUUUGAGGAGCACCACAUUGAUCUCCCAAUUCCUGGAGAAAUGGAGGAUUAG